CAAGAUGUCACUCGAGCCAGUUCAGGCGAAGAGCGGCAAGCGGAGAUUGAAAACUCCGGACCUCCACCUAAGACCUUUUGAGUUAUUUGUCCCACCAUGCCACCUUACCUAAUAUUCAACCUUUUUUUUAGGUAAGGCUAAAAAGACCCUACCGACGAACGGCCUAGACGUAUUUUGAUUGGUCAUUCUUUCAAUAGUUCUGGUCGCGUCGAGAAUUCAUAUCGACGUCAACUCUGUAAACUAAAGAUACCAGGUGACAAUCAAUAUUCACUGUCUUCUAUUCGUAAUCUGUCUUAAUUUCAUCUUCGCAUCCUGAACGACCCCCCUCUUACCUCUUCCAAUAUUCUAACGAUGGCGAUCGACGAUAUUGUGACCGAUCCGAACCUAUCGACCGUGCUCGAUGCCUCCCGCGAUACCCGACUACAGGCGUUGAACUUGGUUGACCAGAUUGCGGCAGCUGAUCCUAUUGAGACAACCUCUCUAGAAGCUCAGCAAGAGGCUUCCAAGCAACAAAAGCUCCUAAUCACCAACCUCGCGCAACUCCGAGGCCUUCAUCGAGCCGCUCACUUUGGUGCCCGCCAAACCAAAUCGCAAACAUCCGAGGCGCGACAAGAGGUUGAUCGCCUCCAUCUACAACUACAGAACUUAUACUAUGAGCAACGGCAUUUGCAAGGGGAAAUUAUAGCUUGUGAAUCAUAUGACCAUACUUAUCAACAGCUUCCUCUAAUACCACUCGAAGAGUUUCUCUCAUUGAAGCCUGAGCACACCGAUGACGAUGAAAAUACCCUAAUGAUUGCGCGAAUCGAGCACGAGCGUAGCGAACGAGAAGCGCUAGAACAGAAACGCACGGAGCUUCUCAAGCGAAAACAGAAGCUUAUUGCGGACAAUAAGAAGAGAAAGGAUGAUCUUGCGAAUCUUGAUAAGGAAUUAGAGAAGUUCAUUGAUGCUGCUAAACCUAUUCAGAGGCUCUUCGAUAAGAACGUCUAACCUUAUUAAAGCAAUGGGAAGGACCACUAUGUUCCAUAGUACGUAAGUACAGAAUUGCACAUGCCAUAGCUUUUCUUGCCCUGGAUUCUAGUAAGAUUAUGCCACCAUAUAGGUUAUGACAAACGAUACCUGCCUAGAUUGUCACCUGACCUUUGCGCUGUGGGCCGAGAUAGUGAGGCGCUUCGUCGCUAAGACGGCUUAUACUCGUGAGGAUGAGACGGUGUAAUCAAUGGAAGGAUUACGCGAUGGGAGGGGCGCACCCGGGUCAAUCUAGAGACAGUACCGGUAUUAGGACAUCUACAUGGCAUUUGAAGAUGGGUGUUGACGAACUGGAAGACGAUACAUACCAGCUUUCCUACAUCAAACCGGUAACCGUCAAUUUACUAGCAUGCAUAUUGGAUUGGAAGUACUGAUGAUCGGGAAGACAAGCCGAUGACCUACUCUGGCUGGGGGGUGAUUUUUAUACUUGAGCGUCAAAGAUUCGCUUGGAAAUGGAGGCUCAAACAUAGUGCCGUAUUCUCCGUAUGAACCAGAUCCUAGAUCAAUGAAACGAUUCGGAAAA